AUGGAAGGUGGCGAUCAUGGCGUCUACGGCGGUGGUCACGGCGUCGCCGGAUUGGCUAAUUACUUGAAUUAUCAAAACUAUUCUUCUUGGUUUAAACGUGCUCCUCCGCCAUUAACAGCCAUUGAAAGAUUCUUAUGGGGUCGAAAUCGAUCUGAUCAAACUCAAAACCCUCUUUCUCAGCAUCAAAACCAGCAGAUCAACGAAGCUUUCAUCUCUUCAAAUGGGGGUUUUCAAUUUUCUGGUUCGAAUGGUGCAAUCAACAACGAAAGCCAAAUUUGUUUUCCGCCAUGUUUAUCGAUGGCGAAAAGCUCCGCUGCCAUUGAAGAUGUGUUCACUAAAGACGUCGGAGAGUGUCUUAAUUGGGACGAACUGAUGAACUAUCCCAAUUACGAUCCUUAUCGGGAUUCUAAUCCCGAAAAGAUUUCAAGAUCAACUAAGAAAUCGAAAGGUGGUGAGACCUCGAAAGUUCUGAUUAAGGGACAAUGGACAGAUGAAGAAGAUAGGAAACUAAUUAGGCUGGUGAACCAAUUUGGAGUUGCGAAAUGGGCUGUCAUCGCGGAAAAGAUGACCGGAAGAGCCGGGAAACAGUGUCGUGAACGAUGGCGCAACCAUUUGCGGCCCGAUAUCAAGAAAGAUACAUGGAGUGAAGAAGAAGUGCGAAUGCUAAUCGAAGCUCAUCAGAGAAUCGGCAACAAAUGGGCGGAAAUCGCAAAACUGAUUCCGGGUCGGACAGAAAACGCGAUAAAGAAUCAAUGGAACGCAACGAAAAGAAGGCAGAAUUCGAGUCGGAAGUUCAAGAAAACCGACACCAACAAUAGAAAGUCUCAAUCUUCUCUUUUACAAGACUACAUCAGAAGCCAAACCAGUGAUCAGAAUCUAGCCUCCUCCUCUUGUUCCACCGCCACCGCCACUGCCACCACCGGUGAAACCCUGGAGAGUUCCGCCAUCAUCUUUGCUGAUCAGCUAACACAUUCAGAUUCCAUUGAUUCCGAUCCAUCUUUAGACAUCACACAAUCGUACGACGAUGAGUUGAAUUUUAUGCAAACCUUCUUCCCAACUGCUUCUUGA